GCCUAUUUUGUAUUCGAUUAUUUGAAUAGUCGAAAUUUUGUUUUUUGUGGUGUUUUCUGUGUUUUCUGAAAGAGUAUAACAAGAUAACAAAAAUCAUGAACAAUCACGCGAAGAACAGAGCAGAAGAAAGAAGUUCGGAGCCGGAGGAAAUCAAUCAUCCAGUCAAGCCACCCAGCUAGCAAAUAGAGACUUGGCGAGCCGGUGCCGAGCAGCAUUUUUCGGAUCCGACCCAGCGAAUCAACCUUUGGAACUGUUCAGGAUGGAUGGAUGUAUACCAGCAGACAAGAGCAAACAGAAUUAUACCGUGUCAGUGCACAGCGAACACCUAAAUCCGAGCAGCAUUUCCCGCAUCCGGAUUUAUGUUUUCCCAAGAGGCUAGACCAACUUUCAUUGCAUCAUGAAGCAAUCUGCCACUCCACUGAUUUGGCGGAUCCGAAACUACGUUCGUUGUAUGUUUCCGGAAACAUUAAAUAUCAGUUCAGGAAAUCAUUUUUUGCCCUGUCGUUCUACAAUCUCAUCAAUGCUCAGUUGGAUUGGAACAAGCACCCGAAGAUGUUCAACAGUUCGCUUGAAGAACAAUUUUCCCGCAAUCAAUCAAUCCCGGACAUGCAUCUGAUGAUGGCAGCAUCAAUUGAACUCGAACACAACCUCCCAACAAAUUGUACAUCACAAUAUACAAAAUAAACUGUUGCGAAUUACUGCGUUUUUCUUAAAUAUUGCAAAAUUUCAAUUAAAUUCGUUGAUCGAAACAAACGGCUCUUUCAAUUAAGGUUCAAUUUUAACCAUUUUUCAACAUCUCCAUAGAAAUUUUAUUCGGUUGAAAAAUAACCAUAUUCAAACUUCUCCCCUAGAAGUCAUUUUAUGACUUCUCAUGGAGAACUCA